ACAGGUCACGCUCACUCAGCUGUUCCCAUAACAUAGCAAGACGAAGGAAGUAUUUCUUUUUAAAAUAUCUUUAAUAAUUAAUUUCAGGUUUAUUUUGUUGACAUGGCCGCGCAGCCUUCCUGUUAAGCUGACAGGAUGAGACCCCUUAAAGACGCUCAGCUGGGGGCCUUCACCUUCUUUGCAUCAGCUCUCCCUCAUGACGUCUGUGGGAGCAAUGGCCUUCCUCUCACCCCCAACUCCAUCAAAAUCCUGGGACGCUUUCAGAUCCUCAAGACCAUCACUCAUUCCAGACUCUGCCAAUAUGUGGACAUCUCCAGAGGGAAACACGAGCGACUGAUUGUUGUCGCUGAACACUAUGAAAGCUGUUUAAGUGAUUUCCAAAAACAGGGGAAAACUGCCUGUCCAGAGCAGGUGCUGCAGGUCGCCUUUGAGAUCCUUGAAGGUUUGGACUUCAUGAACAAACAUGGUAUGGUGCACAGAGCCCUCAGUGCACAAAAUGUGCUGAUGGACUGCAAGGGGAAUGUCAAGCUGGCAAAGUUUGGCCUUUAUCACAUGACUGAUCAUGGGGCUGAUGUGGAUUUUCCCAUUGGGUACCCAUCAUACCUUGCACCAGAGGUGAUUGCUCAAGGCUCCUUUCACCCCAGUGACCCAUCUCAUGAUGACACUCCUCUGCCCUCAGGACCCAAGUCUGACGUUUGGUCUCUUGGGGUGUUGCUCUUUGAACUGUGUGCCGGUCGACGACUGCUGCAGACUAUUGAUGUAAGCGAGAGACUGAAAUUCAUUCUGACCUUGGGUUGCAUGGAUGACAUCGUCACCGUCCUUGCUGAGGAACAUGGGUGCCUGGAUGCAAUUAAGGCGCUGCCCGAUAAUGUUCUGGAGUUAUUAAGAAAAUGCUUGACCUUUCUUCCUUCCAAAAGACCAACCCCCGCAGAGCUGUUGGAAGACCCUGUGUUCACUUUGGUUUCAUACCUCCAUACGCCCUUCCUGAGGCCCAUUAGUCUCUUCUCGUCCUCCCUCCGUUGUGCACAUCUGGAGCUUCCAGAGGACAUCAGUGAGCUUUGCAAAGACGACGAUGACAACUACCUAUCUGAGCGAGCCAUAUAUGAGGUGUACCAUCUGUGGUGUCUGGCUGGGGGAGACCUGGAGAAGGAGCUGACCAAUAAGGGGAUCAUACAGUCCAAACCUCCAAUCUGCACACUGCCCAAUUUUGUCCUGGAAGAUGGGGAGUCAUUUGGCCAGGGCAGGGAUCGGAGUUUCUUGCUCGAUGACACUACCGUCACACUGUCUCUGUGCCAACUCAGAAAUAGACUGAAGGAUGUUGCAGGAGAAGCCUAUUACCCUCUGCUGGAAGAUGAACAGUCAAAUCUGCCCCAGUCCAACAGCAGCAAUGAGCUGUCGACCACCGUCACGCUGCCACUCAUCAUCCGCGAGAGAGACACCGAGUACCAACUCAUCCGCAUCAUCCUCUUCGACAGGCUGCUCAAGGCCUAUCCAUACAAGAAGAACCUAGUGUGGAAAGAGGCAAGGGUGGAUAUUCCUCCUCUUGUUCGAGGACUAGCGUGGGCUGCACUGCUGGGCAUUGAGGGAGACAUUCAGGCCAAAUAUGACACCAUAGACAAGGAUACUCCCAUUCCGACCGACAGACAGAUCGAGGUGGACAUCCCACGCUGCCACCAGUAUGAUGAGCUGCUGUCAUCUCCUCAGGGCCAUAUCAAGUUCAGGCGUGUGUUGAAAGCCUGGGUGGUCUCCCACCCUGACCUGGUCUACUGGCAGGGUUUGGACUCUCUUUGUGCCCCGUUCCUGUACCUGAAUUUCAACAAUGAAGCACUGGCAUAUGCCUGCAUGUCUUCGUUCAUCCCUAAAUACUUGUACAAUUUUUUCCUGAAGGACAACUCCCAUGUCAUCCAAGAGUACUUGACUGUUUUCUCACAAAUGAUUGCCUUCCAUGACCCAGAGCUCAGCAACCAUCUAAAUGAGAUUGGCUUCAUUCCAGAUCUUUAUGCGAUUCCAUGGUUCCUGACGAUGUUUACACACGUCUUUCCGCUGCACAAGAUCUUUCACCUGUGGGACACGCUGCUGCUGGGUAACUCCUCUUUCCCCUUCUGUAUUGGUGUGGCUAUAUUGCAGCAACUCAGGGAUCGUCUCUUGGCUAAUGGCUUCAAUGAGUGCAUCCUGCUCUUCUCUGACCUGCCAGAAAUUGACAUUGAGCGCUGUGUCCAUGAGUCCAUCAACCUUUUCUGCUGGACACCAAAGAGUGCUACGUACCGGCAACACGCUCAGCCACCAAAGGCCGCAGGUGACAAUGGCUUUGGGAAAACUGCAACAUACUACUCGUCAGACUAUCAGGACAUGCCCAAGACAGACCUGUCCCGAGAGCCUCUGGCGCUGUGUGACUUGAAGGCAGAAGUAUCCCCCAGGAUUUCAGCUGAGGACUUAAUUGACCUAUGUGAGCUGUCUUUGGGUGGAACCACCAAGCGGACCAAAGCCGGCAAGCCCAAAAUUUUUGCAGCCGACAUUCGCAGUGCAGAGGACUUCAGCAGAGGCCAUAUUUCUGGCAGCAUCAACAUUCCCUCCAGCACAGUCUUCAACCCUGAUGGUGAACUGGUGCAGUGUCCUGCUACAGGAAUCCUGCAGAACUACAGGGGGCGUGUCAUUGUGGUCAUCAGCCACACCAUGAAGAGUGCGGCCAUGUUCGCUGCUCAUCUGGUCAAGGUAAACUUCCCACGGGUUUGUAUCUUGGAUGGAGGGAUCAACAAGCUGAAGCCCACUGGACUCCUGACUGUCCCCUCCCCUCAGAUUUGACUCCAAACAAAGGGAACGAUGGGGAGGACUGUAUAUUGCAUUUUGAGAGAAAAAUAAAAAAAAUAUAUGUCAUCUUUGUAUUUAGAUUUUUUUACACUUAAUAAUUAAAUGGGAAAAAGGACUAACUGGAAUGAAAUAAUAUGAAUGAAUAAUGUUUCAUUUUUAAUGUGUUAUUUUGUUACUGGAUUGUCAUGUCAUGUAUUGUAAUAGCUUUGCACUGAUCUAAACAAAAGACCAGGAAUGGUUUGCAACAGGAUGAGUUUGCAGUGAAAAUCUUUGGUCUGUUCUGUAGAAGCAGUGUAUUUUCCUGGCAACUCAACUCAUUAUGUUAUCUCAUUUAUUGUGUUAUGUGUUAACACAAGUCUUGCUUGGUUCAGGAGCUUAAACUUCUUCAUUUAGUAUGAAGAUUCGUAGAAGGUCCUGUUUGUAAACAGUUACAGCUUUGCUCAUCUGUGUGCUUAUUUGAACCUGUUUUAAUGUCAAAUCAUCAACGAGACAUUCUGAUGUACAUAUACAUGUGGCAAACGAAUCAAACUGCAAAAAAAUAAAAGCUCAGUUAAAUUA